AUGAUUUUAGAAAUUGCUUUAGCAGGGUUGGUGUUUGAGUCCCUGGAGGUGAUGUCUGUCAUUGUGCCUGUUCACAAUAGUGAAUGCUGGUUAGAUGAAUGCCUGAAGUCAGUUUGGGAACAAGAUUUUAAAGAAACCAUGGAGCUGUCAGUUUUUAACGAUGCCAGUAAGGAUGGUUCAGCUCAAAUAAUUGAGAAAUGGAAGAUCAAGUUGGAAGAUGCUGGUGUUCCUGUAAUCAUUGGUAGUAACGAUUCCUCUGAACCUCGAGGUGUUGGAUUUGCUAAAAAUCAAGCAGUCAUUCAGAGCUCAGGAACCUAUCUCUGCUUUCUGGAUUCGGAUGAUGUGAUGAUGCCACAGCGGAUUAGGCUGCAGCAUGAAGCUGCCAUUCAACGCCCAAACAGUAUUAUUGGUUGCCAAGUCACAAGGGAGCCACCGGAGUCUACUGAGCGGUAUACUCGUUGGAUCAAUAAUCUGACUGAGGAACAACUUCUGACACAGGUAUUUACCUCCCAUGGACCUACAGUGAUCAUGCCAACCUGGUUCUGUUCUCGAGAAUGGUUUUUUCACGUGGGAAAAUUUGAUGAGGGUGGAAAGGGUGUUCCAGAAGAUUUGUUGUUUUUUUAUAAGCAUCUCCAAAAGGGUGGUGAAGUCUUUCGAGUAAAUCGUUGCCUCCUGCUGUACCGUUACCAUCCCCAGGCUGCCACUCAUUCCAUCCUAGAGGAAACCAUCUGGAAUCACCGAGUCAGGUUUCUUGAAGACAGAGUCCUGAGCUCCUGGACGUCAUUCACCAUUUGGAAUGCUGGCAAGCAAGGCAAGAAGCUCUACAGAAGCUUGUCACCAGCUAAUCGGAAAAAGGUAACUGCGUUUUGUGAUGUGGAUGGGAAGAAAAUAGCAAAAGGAUUCUACACUUAUGAAGAAUCUGAGGAGAGAGCAAAACCAAAGGUUCCUGUAUGUCAUUUCAGAGAUGCAAUUCCACCCUUCAUCAUCUGCGUGAAGCUGGAUUUGACAGGUGGAACAUUUGAAACAAACCUGAGCAUGCUGAACUUGAAGGAAGGGAUGGAUUAUUACCACUUCAACUAA